UUUCUGCGACACGUACUUCCGGUUCAGCCUCCUUUUGAGAUAACAGUAAACCACUUGCUUUGGUUCUCCUGUAUUUUCAUUCAGAAAAUCAAAUCUGAAUCAGCCUCACACCCUCAACCCGCUGACAUGAUGCGUUACUGGGGCGAGAUCCCCGGACCCGCGGGGGCCCCUCCCAGCCGCAGCUCCUUCGACUUGCUCCAGCGUGAGUUCCGGUCGGUGGAAAUGCAGGAUCCGCCCCUGCACCAGCCGUCAGCGCAGCGCCCGCGGCCCACCACCAUGCUGGACGUGCCGUCGGAGCCGUGCAGCCUCACCAUCCACACGGUCCAGCUGUGCCAGCACGCCCGCCGCCUCCGGGGGCUCCUGGCAUCCGCCCAGGCUCAGGGUCAGAGCUCGGCGUUCUCUGAGGGCGGAGCCAAAAUGGAGGAGGCAGACGUCAGCCUGCCCCUUCGUCCUCCCACGCCUCCUGUCAUGCCAGAUGAUCUACUGCCUGCGGACAGCAAAGCCCCCAGACAGCCCUUCCAGCUCCGCCACAGUGACCCCGAGAGUGACUUCUAUAAAGGGAAAGGCGAGCCGGUCACGGAGCUCAGCUGGCCGUCCUGCAGGCAGCUCCUCUACCAGUCGGUGGCCACGGUCCUGGCCCACGCCGGCUUCGAGUGCGCCCAGGAGAGCGUGCUGGAGACGCUCACCGACCUGGUCCACGAGCACUACCUGCGCGUGACCCGGCUGCUGCGCGUGGCCGUGGACCGCGAGGCGCGGCUGGGAGCCAGCCCCUUCCCGGACGUGGUGGAGCAGGUUUUCCACGAGGUGGGCAUCGGCAGCGUGCUCGCCCUGCAGCGCUUCUGGCAAGUCAGGAUCAAGGACUACCACAGCUACAUGCUGCAGGUCAGUAAGGAUCUGUCGGAGGAGUACGAACGGCUGGUGAACCCAGAGAAAGCUCUGGAGGACUCCAAGCCCCCGAGGAUAAAGGAGGAACCCAUGAACGACAUCUCCUUCCCCGUUAGUGAGGAACCCGAGGCCGACCUGGCCUCCGGGGACCAGGCUCUGCCGAUGGGGGUCCUCGGGGCCCACGCCGAGAGGCUGACUUCAGGCCUGGACGGCGAUCACUCCCCGCACGCUGCAGCCGGAGGCGGAGCCAGCAACUCGCCGCUGUGGCCCCAGGUGAAAGUGGAGCCUCAGGACGGCGACGACGGCCAGGGCUCCGGCCACCAUCACCAGCACCACCACCACCACCACCCGGUGCUGGGCGGAGACGUGUUCGAGGAGGCGGGGCCCAUGUCCACCAUGAGCGAGUCCGGAGGGGGAGGAGCCAUGGCCCCGUCGCCGGGCGGGGCGGCGUCCGACGGCGGCGCCAGCUACGCCUCGCACUCGCCCGACUCCCUGAUGGGGGCGUCGCCCGUCUUCAACCAGAGACCGAAGAAACGGGCUAAGAAGAUGUGAAGCGGCAGGAGAAAUGGACUGCAGGACUUUGUGAAAAAGAAAUAACUUCAGCGGUCAGGAUGUAUUUAGCAGCUUUUCUAGUUUGUUUUUACGAGCUCUAAUAACUAUCAAAAAGAAAAAACAUCUUUUGAAGCAGCGGUUUGUAUUAAUUUUACCCCGAAGAUGUAGAAAAAGUCUUUCAAUUACCCAAAUAAAUUGAAGAACAAGGAAACUAAGAGGUCCAAAAGCAAAUCACUUAGUUAACGGCUUAAUAAUUCAGCAGCCUGCUUUGUUUCCCCACGCUAUCAUGACUCUUUUCUCCUCGCCAACCAAUUACCGCCACAUCCAUUGAUUAUGAUAAAAACACGCUCCGGAGACAAAAACAUUUUCUUCCUCACGAGCUCGCCGCUUCGCAUGAUGAUGCAUUUCCAGGUCCUCGCUUUCCUCUCUGCGAGCGACUCUGGCUUCCACGUUGCCCAGCGUGGCGGAACGACACACACACACACACACACACACACACACACGUACACACACCUGUCAACCUGAAACCUCUCCGCGAAAUUAGCAUCUGUUUCAGUAACGAGGCAGAGCUGUGAAUGCAACACCCGAGGCAAUUACGGCUCGGUUGUCUGCAUCACAAAGGCAACAUCAAUCCAACCUUAAUGGCAAAUUAAUUAUGCCGUGCAUAUUUCUGCAUGCCGAAUGAGAGGCCCUGUUUGAAUACAUGUGAUUUUCCUUUGUGCUGCCCUGUUCCAUUUUCAUAAUUAGGCCGGCGAUCGGCGGGGCCUGUGGGAGGCACUGCUGGUGGAGUCACGUGUGUUCGUAUUCAAUUAGCUGCACUCACGGUUGAUUUGUUUUUAGUUUUUGUUUUUUUGUUUUUUAUUUUUAAAAAAAAUGUGUGGCCGAUUUGAUUUGAAGUGGCGCGAGACCCAGGUGGCCACAAAACAAAAUAAAUCUCCCAGACUUUGAAAUGCUUUUCUUGUCAGCGUUAAUAAUCACUAUGGGAGUCACCAGGUCCUGGUUUAUUUUCUGGGCUGUCAGGAAACGCUGGCGUUUGACUUCGUCUCCGUCGCUGUUUGGGUGUAAGGCUGAAGUCAGCGGCAGGUCUGAAAAUGAGGCGAUCAGCACUUCUGUGGGGAAAACUAACGAUACAAACAUCCUUUAAAAGCGGCAUAUUUCACCAAAUAUAAUAUUACAGCUUCAUUGAAAAGAACACUGGCCACUUAACCAACAGUCUUGCUUGUUCUUUGUAAACACAUUCAAUCAACUUCAAAUUUAGACUUACUGCAAUGUUUGUUAAAAAAUGAAGAGGGAGGAAGCUGUUCUCACCAGCUGCACCAAGCAGCAGGUCCAAGUUCUUAACGUUAAGAGGCAAUUUGCAAAUUUAACAGAUGUCUGAUCUUAAAUUAAAUGGAGUAAAUUUGGAGGCUGAAUCCCAUUUUUGUGAUGUUCCUCAAAUCUUUCCUGUUAAAUCUUUACGGGGCUGUGCUUUCUUUGCUGAACCAGGCGUAUGGCUGUUGUGUGUCGAUCGGAUUGCCUCUCCUGGCUCAUGUUUUCAUUCUUUUUGUUGUGCAACCUGCUGCUCUCUUCUUCAAUAGGAAGUUGUGUACACACACACACACACACACACACACACACACGAGUUUCUGCAUGAUGAAAAGAACACUGUAAACCAGCAUUGUCUGGCCCGAUUCAAUGUUCUGCUUUCUGAAGGUGUGUAAACAACACCAUCAAAUGAUAAUUGACCAAAAUCUGUCUGAACAAGUUGUUUUGCUAUUUUUCAGCGAGUGAAGCUGAAAUGACUUUCUGAAGAUCCGUCCAGUUUUUGGUUUUUCCGGCUGCUGCUUUUGAACAGAAGAUCCAGUUUCCACAUCGCCGUCUCUGACAGCUUUAUUCUCGCCGUUAUCUGCUGCAGAAAAACCCGUCUUUGUUUAGAAAAACCAAUCUGAAGCUUUCACUUACUUCUGACGCUGUGUUUCCCUCAAACACGAGAUCCCUUCAUGCUGGGUGCGGUGAAACGGUAUUUCCAGUAGGUGAACACUGGCUGCACGUUUAUUUACCCGAACAGCCCUCUGAUGAGUCAAAGUGUCCUCUGAACACAGCUUUCACAAUUCUCUUUCUUUUUAAUUGGCUCUGCGCUGCAGCCCAGCAGGGAAACACUGUGGAAGCUAAGAGAGGGAUUUUUUUUUUAAA